AUGAUCAUUAGACCUGGGGUAAAGAUCAUUGCGAGCUCGAGACCACUGGCGAGAGGCUGUUCAGGGUUGAAACUUGACAAGAGAAUUCGAUGGGCAUCAUCGCCCGCUCGGCAAUGGUCGACACCUCUAGCCAAAACCAUUGCUGAAGCUAUUGCUACUACAGGUCCAAUUUCUAUAGCAGCUUAUAUGCGCCAAUGCCUCACAUCCCCUGAUGGUGGCUACUACACUUCACAAACGCAGGGCAAAGAUCAAUUCGGACAGAAAGGAGACUUCAUUACCUCGCCAGAGAUCUCUCAAAUCUUUGGCGAAUUACUGGGCAUAUGGCUUGUAACAGAAUGGAUGUCCCAAGGCAGGGUCAGCCAUGGCGUGGAGGUCAUUGAGGUUGGUCCAGGAAGAGGAACGCUGAUGGAUGAUAUGCUACGGACUCUCAGCAAUUUCAAGCCGCUAGCAGCUAGCAUCGAAUCGGUCUAUCUUGUGGAAGCCAGUCCAGCAUUGCGUGAUACCCAAAAGCAAUUGCUCUGCGGAGAUGUUCCCCUCGAGGAGAUUGAUAUUGGUUUCAGGAGUACGAGCAAGUACUCAAGAGUCCCGGUGACAUGGUGUGAAGACAUUCGAUUUGUACCCAACGAUUCAAGCAAGACCCCCUUCAUCUUCGCCCACGAAUUUUUUGACGCGCUUCCGAUCCACGCCUUCCAAUCCGUGGCUCCAAACUCGACCGAAACGUCUCAAUUUCUCACAACUCCUACAGGGCCCCUUCCCCUUACCAAACCAGCUUCCCAGUCCAAGACGCCCCAAUGGCGAGAAUUGGUAGUCACGCCCACACCAUCUGCCUCGAACAUAACCACUACCACUUCGCCUUCCACUCCCAAAUCUCAACCCGACUUUCAGCUCUCCCUCGCAAAAGCCUCGACCCCACCGUCACUCCUGUUUCCCACCCUUUCCCAGCGUUACAAAGCGCUUCUGCCAACCCCAGGUUCUGUCGUUGAGAUAUCACCGGAAUCGCAUUCUUAUGCCGCAGAUUUUGCUCGCCGUAUCGGUGGCUCUUCCGCUAAGGCCAGCUCAAAUUGCACAUCUAGUACAAUGGUCAAAACCCGUCCGUCCGGCGCAGCCUUAAUUCUCGAUUACGGUCCCGCAGACACGAUCCCCACCAAUACACUGCGCGGCAUUCGCUCACAUCAGCAUGUCUCCCCUCUUACCGAUCCCGGCCUCGUCGACAUCUCUGCUGAUGUCGAUUUCAUGGCCUUAGCCGAGGCGGCACUAGCAGCUAGUCCGGCAGUCGAGGUGCAUGGUCCCGUGGAGCAGGGAGGAUGGCUACAAAGUAUGGGGAUUCGAGAGAGAGCAGACAUCAUUUGCAAGGGUCUGGGGGAAGACGAGGGAGGAAAGAAAAGGGUAAGGGGAGCUAUCCAGCGAUUGGUGGAGAGAGGUGGUGGCGCGAUGGGGAAGCUCUAUAAAGUCUUGGCGAUAGUCCCGGAAAGGGAUGGAAGGAGGCCUGUUGGAUUUGGUGGAGGUGUGGAGUGA